AGAGAGAGUUGUUCUUGCUUUUGCUGGAAUAUCUCUCCUUUCCACUACCACCAUUCGCGAAUCAUGAAUGAUUCCGAAUGUAGAGUCCAAACUAUUCAAUCACUGACAAAUGCCAGCAUUACCUUCUCAAAAUAUAUUUUCCUCUUGUUUUUUCUGUCUGAUUCAGAUGAGAAACACGAAAAUCAAUCUGGAAAGAGAUAAGGGUAAAAAAACAUUUCUGGAAAUUCAAAACUCUUUUGGUUUGGUAUUUGUCUGUUGUAGAGAAUGUCAGGCAAGAGAAGUGUGAUUCAUUACAUCCGUUUAUUCACUUCCUUUAUUAAUGCCCUCUUCUCAGCUUCCAAUUUCCCAAGUUCCAACGAACGAACCCUAGUUUUGAAACCAUGCUUUCCACUCUAGCUUUCAGUUCUACUACCCGUAAUUGGGUUUUGCCUUCUGUUCCUUUGGGUUCAGAGUUCAAGUGCUCUACUCGGCUCCGAUUUCAUGUUUCGGCGACUGGGAAUCGAUCGGUUUUUCCUUCGGAUACGGUCGGGACUGAUGGUACAGCUCCUUUGAUUAAGGAAGAUGGAAGGGUUGGGUCGGGAGCUAUUGAUGGAGGCAACGGUCGAGUGGGUUCUAAAUUUGAAAGGAAGAGAUUGAUGAAUGAUAUGGUUUCGGAUGAGCUGGAAGUGUUGUGGGAUGAUGGGUUUGCGGAAGAAAGUGUGAAGGAUUAUUUGGACAUAUCAAGGAAGAUGAUUAAGCCAGACGGCGGCCCUCCUCGCUGGUUCUGCCCUGUUGCAUGUGGGCGUCCUAUAAAAGGCUCUCCCUUGCUUCUGUUUUUGCCUGGAAUGGAUGGGGUCGGGUUGGGGCUCCUUUUGCAUCAUAAACCCCUUGGGAGGGUUUUUGAAGUUAGGUGUAUGCACAUUCCUGUUUAUGAUCGGACACCAUUUGAAGGGCUAGUGAAAUUUGUCGAAAACAUCUUGGUGCUUGAGCAUGCAUUUUCUCCAAAUAGGCCAAUUUAUUUAGUUGGUGAUUCUUUGGGAGGAUGCUUAGCUCUUGCAGUUGCUGCUCGUAACCCUACUAUUGAUCUGAUGUUGGUUUUAGUCAAUCCAGCAACAUCGUUUGGAAAGUCCCAGCUUCAACCUUCAUUCCCCAUCUUGGAGGCUUUGCCGGAUGAACUUCACUUCACUGUACCUUAUCUACUUAGCUUCAUUAUGGGUGAUCCCAUGAAGAUGGCACUAGUCAAUGUGGAGAAAGGGCUUCCUCCUGCACAAAAACUUGAACAAUUAUCCAGAAGCCUUACUUCUUUAUUACCACGGCUGUCCGCUUUGGCUGAUAUCAUACCAAAGGAAACUCUUGUCUGGAAACUGAAGCUGCUAAAAGCAGCAGCUGCUUAUGCUAAUUCUCGUCUUCACGCUGUCAAAUCUGAAGUACUUCUGCUUGCCAGUGGCAAGGAUAACAUGCUACCCAGUGGAGCUGAAGCUCAACGGCUUUCAACCUCAUUACAAAAUUGCCAAGUUCGUUACUUCAAGGACAAUGGUCAUACCCUUUUAUUGGAAGAUGGCAUUCAUCUUUUGACAGUCAUUAAAGCCACAAAUAUGUACAGGCGCUCAAGUAGACAUGAUUACGUCUCUGAUUUUAUUCCACCUUCAAUGGCAGAAUUCAAAGAAGCUUUUGAUGAAUCGAAUGGAUUAUUUCGACUGGCUACUAGUCCCGUAAUGUUUUCAACACUUGAGGAUGGAAAAAUAGUGAGGGGUCUUUCUGGGGUUCCCAAUGAAGGUCCUGUUCUACUAAUUGGUUAUCACAUGUUGCUGGGUCUUGAACUUUCCGGACUUGUUGAAGCAUUCUUGAGGGAGAAGAAAGUUAUAGUUCGUGGAGUGGCACACCCAUUGAUGUUCUCAGACAAUUUUGAAAAUUCUUUAACAGAAUUCUCUAGGAUUGAUCAGCUGAAAGUAUUUGGUGCGUCCCCUGUCUCAGCAAGCAACCUUUUUAAGCUGCUGGCAACAAAAUCAUAUGUUCUUCUUUAUCCUGGUGGGGCGCGUGAGGCUCUUCAUCGCAAGGGUGAAGAAUAUAAAUUGUUUUGGCCAGAGCAACCUGAAUUUGUGAGAAUGGCAGCUCGAUUUGGGGCCACAAUUGUACCAUUUGGAGUUGUUGGAGAAGAUGACGUUGGGCAGUUGGCUCUUGAUUACAAUGAUCUAACUUCCAUCCCCAUCUUUAGAGACCGGAUAAAAGAAAUGAAUCAAAAGAAUGUCAAAUUGAGGACUGAUGCACAAGGUGAGGUUGCAAAUGAGGACCUUUACUUCCCUGCAGUUUUGCCCAAGUUCCCUGGCCGUUUCUACUACCUUUUUGGGAAACCAAUUGAGACAAAGGGAAGAGUGGAUGAGCUGAAAGAGAGAGAGAAAGCAAAUGUAGUGUAUUUGCAGGUAAGAUCCGAAAUUGAAAGCAUGAUUUCCUAUCUGCUAAAGAAACGAGAGGAGGAUCCGUAUAGAGGUUUAAUAGAAAGAACUGUGUACAGGGCUAUUUCAGCCCCAGUAGAUGAUAUCCCCACCUUUGAGCCAUGAACAAGUAGUACAAUAUUUUGCUAUGGAAAAAGGAGGAAAAGAAAAGAAAAUAGGUUUUACCUCACUUAUGCUGUAGCACUAUGUUUAUGUAUAUUAUUGUCAAACAAAAAGAAAAAAUAUAUGUUAUGUAUAUGGUUGACCAGUGGUCAAGAAACAGAAGAAAAACAAUAAGGUUCAUGCAAAUCUCAAUUCUUUGUAUGGAAUUACCAUUGCUUUCUCAUACGUGACGUAUGAAAAGCUGAGUUCUACUUAAUAAGUCUAAGUUUUGUUUUGGCAAAGAUUAAUUGAUUCUAUUAUAACAAGUUAGCAGCAAGUACUGGGGCAAUGGGAACAGACCUGUAAAUGGUUGUGGGGUUUUUGAGAAGUUUUAAAUCCUUUAUUUGUUUGGUAAGUUUCACCAAAGAUGAUUUUCACCAGGCAGUGAUAUAAAGUUUCAUAGAAUAGUUGAAAAGUCAAUUUUGAAAGAUUAAAUAUUGUACUUGAAGAAAAAUGGAUUACCUUCAUGCAAUCUCAGGCUGCGUUUGGUAUGAAUUCUUGGAAUGCAUUCCCAAAAAUCACACCAAACGCUGUCCUAAUUUCAAAAGUCCAUUGUAUGAUUCUUAACACUGUCAAAGUACAGCCAUGCCUUAGGGUUUAUAUCUUCAGGGGGUGGGAUAUAUGGGACCCACAAAAUGUUGAGAAGCUUUAAAUUACUACUGGGCUCAAAUGUUUAAGAUCAUGGAUGAAAGACUUAAGGCUAUGUUUGGAACCUUCCUUAGAAAUCAAUUUUCACAGAUGGGAAAAAAGUCGUUGCCAAACCCUACCUUUUCCUCCUGCAAGGAUCACACAUGGUUCACAAAACUCAAAAAACGAGCAAUGAUUGAAUGAGAAGGGUUUUAGUUGCUCAACAUACUAAAGAAAUCCUUAUUGGGGUGUUGUCAAUUGGUCAGGUCAGUCCGGUUUUGGUGUAUUGGACCAAAUAAAAAGCGAACCACUACGAUGAAGAUUGGUUUCAAUAGGUUUCGAUUUUAGUCCGGUUCGUUCUUUUAUUGAGCUAUCUUAAUGGGCUCUUAUUGUUCGGUUGCCGGUUUGGUUUAACAUUUUUAUACAUAAGCAGGGAAAAAAUGAGGUUUUCUGAUUUUUUAUCGCUUUUUUCUUCAAUUCACUUUUGGUCUGGUUCAGUUUUGGUUUCUACCAUUUCAUAAGAACCCAAAUCGGAGUCAAGCUGUCAAGUGUUCAGUUCGUUUUUUUUUAUUUCAGUUGGUCCGAUUGGUUGGGGCUGGAUUUUGACACCCCUAAUCUCUGUAGUUUUCUUGUUGAAAUUUAGUGUUAAUCUUUUCAUAAUUGCUUACCAUAUCUUAUUCAUUUACUUUGGUUGAGAAGUAAAAGGUUAGGUUUCAUGCAUUUGUUAUGUGGUAUUUGGAGUGUAGGAAAAACCAUCUCCAUCUUCCUCACUGCAAACUGAAGAAAAAAAUUGGAUUAGAGCCUUUUUUUUUCCUGAAACUCCUCACAUCAGAGGCAUUAAACAGAUAUGACAUCAUUCUAAGGAUCCCUUGAUUAAAUGCAGCCCAAAAAUUAUUGGUAUACCCACUAAAGCAGAAGCAAAUGAGAGCCAAAUUUUCAUACUUGGCUUUCAUUUUAGAACACAGCUCUCUCACUUGCAUGGUACAUGUUUUGGAAAAUUUUGUAUCUAAAUUUGGUCCUCCUACCUCUCCUAUUUGAGUUUGUCAAUACUUUCGUAGCUGUUAUACAAUCAUAAAAGGCAAUUUCAUGCUCAAAUUUUGAUGAACAAUGAAAAAGAAUUCAAGUGGGUGGGUUAGUCUAGGGAGGAGUUGAAACCUUUUUCUUUUUUUUUUUGACAAAGAAGUAUAAUUCUGAAGUAGUAAUUCUGUUUGGAAUGCACUAAAAAUGGAAUCUGUAAAGGUUUGGUCCCUGAUCUUUAUCACUUGCCAAGGCCUUUAUGGGCUGAAUGGAUGCCCUCAGUCCCAAACUUAGCAUCAAAUUGCUUGACCAUACUGUUGUAAGUUACUCUUUCUGUCACAUCAUUUUAGAAACUUGCUAAUUUUGCAUUACCCUGGAUCAAGAGAAAACAGAGCUAAAUUCCAUACACCAUUCCUUAUAGAUCACUUACUGGAUUAGUACUUCAUUAUCUUGCUUCUUAGCAUUCGUAAGGGGAGAAAGAACUCCCAUGCCGCUGGCACUCAACAGACAUACACAAAAAUGAUUCCUGCUUAUCAAAUUCUCUCUUUAUUCUUCCCUGUCCAACACACAACACCAUGGAAAAUACCAUGAGAGGUGCACACCCUUUCCCAUAGAGUUUGGAAAUUCUAAAACCUUUCUUCUUUAUUCUUUUGGGACACUCCUGCGAAAUUCUAUUCACUCGUAAAAUGUGAAAAGAAGUCACAUGCACAGGAUAAAACAGAAUAUGAUCCAUCAAGCAAAAAAUUUCAGUGGAGGCUCUCAAAAGGGAAUAUCUAAUGUAUGAAAAGAAGUCAAAAUUCUAACAGAAGCAGAAUCUGAUCCUCCUCCAUUUGAUUUUUGGGUGGAGGCACUGUAAAAGAAUCACCGACUCUCUCCCUUGGGGCAUGACACUUUUGAGAUGUAAAGAGUUAUAUAAGGAGAAGCUUGGCCUCUCUUACAACUGAGAGGGGAGUUGUUCUAGGGAUAAAGGCCCAAGAGAAAAUUAAGUAAUGGCCGAGUACGGUUACAAGAAUAGAGGGUAUGCCUCCCAGGAGAAGAGCAGGUCAUCAGGCACUACAAUCCAGCCAUGGGGAAGCUCCUACAAUGGAGUUGAAGCACGGUCAGAUCAAUGGGGGAAUACCAACUGUGAGGGGCGUCAAGAUCACAGGUGCACUCCUGUCAGUGUUUUUGCUGAUGGUCGGAAAAACGGGAUUGUUGCCUGCACUCCUGAGGAGCAUACACAGUACACUGUUAGCAAAAGUGAGACUAUCUUUGAGUACGUUCCUUUGGUUACCAGGUACAGAGAUUGCUCUCCUACAAGAAUGGGACCAACAAAAGAUUAUGGAACCAUCAACAAGGAAUGGAGCUAUCCUGUGAACCCAUGUCAUGAACGACCCCCAACAGUUACUGAAUUUUUCAGCAAAGUCCAAACAGAAGCAAGUCAACCGGCCAGAAUGGGACCCUUGAGUGGUACGUAUUGGCGUCGUACACCCAACCCCCCUAAUCAAACCAAUGGCCAUAGUGACAGUACACAAGAACCCACAAUGAUCACAACAGGUGGUUGGACGAGGCCCAGCCGUGUUGGUUGGGCAACACCACCCAGUUCUGAUGGCCCACUUGGCAGACCAACGAAUGACAUAGCAACUGCUGUUGAAUUCAUCAAGGAGGCAACAAAGCCUCCAUCUGACAGAACAUUCACAACAGAGCAUAGUUUUUCAGUGCAUUCCCCUGCAGCACCAAGAGUUAAUUUUUCUCCGACAGCAGCCAUUGAUGGCAAAGAAGCUGCACGCAGGUACAAUGGUGUGAUGCUAAAAGCAGAUGCAUGAACUAGAGCAUGAGCCUCCGACUAAUGCUUUAGGACACUAGGUGGACGUGCCUUCUUAUGUUACUACUUGAGUUUAUGCUUCUUUUCCUUUCCUUCUUUCUUUACUCUUGUUAUGUCUGAUGGUUUAAGAAUUGUCUGUGGAGUGUACUCAUGUUCUGAUAUUAGUCUAAUAAGUUUUCUUAGUGUCCUAUAAGUAUUGAAUUUGGAGAAGAGUAUGUCAGACAAGCCAACAAAAACUAUGCUCAACUAGGGAGUUUGGGCUGUUGAGUGUGUUGGUUCUAUGAGUUAUAUGUGUGUCGGUUCUGUGGGGAAAUUUAUGUAAUGUUCUUUUCUUAUUUAAGUGUAGAGCACACUUAUGUCCAGUUUUUAGUCUAGUCUUCAGUUGUAGACCCGGUCCUUAAUUGUACUUGGUUCCUUUUACAUCAUUAUAAAUAAAGCACCACUUGUGUUCUCUUC